AUGGAGUCACUUAUGACGUGCUACUCUUGGGUGGACCUUAACUCACGGGUUGAUCAGCUCACACAAAGGGUCGACGAUCAUAAAAACCUGAUUGGCCAGCUACUCAGGCAGAUCAACUUGAACCAAGGCCCUAACCUUGGACCCCGUGAGGAGGAGAGGAGGACGCACGAGCAUGUCAGCGAGCAGUUCGAGAGGUCCCAAGCCGGUCAGGCAAACGGGCAGGGGAGAGAACGAGAUCGUGCUGAUGAGACGCAGACAUCUGCAAGUCGAGCUCGAGUUCGUGAACAAUCGCGUGACGAGCGCAACAAUCGAUGCUCACCAGCCCACUCGAGGACCAAUACACGGCAACAAGCCGUAGAGGACUCCUCACAAGCUCAAUCUCCUAAUCUGCCCCACGGGCAGAACAACCAAGAGGAUCGACCCUUGGGAACCGAGGAGGAAGUUGACCAGCGGCGCUCGAGACACCGAAGACAUCGACUCGAACCACCAGCCCUGCGGGCAGAAGAUGUUGAGAAGUUGGUGAAUGACCGACUCCAAAGUCUCCAACUUAAAGGAAGCACGGAUGAGGCCCUGCACAAGGAAAUUGAUCGAGUCGACUGCUCACCCUUUACCGAGGAAGUGGAACGAGCUCCACCGCCAAAGCGGUUCACAACACCAUCCAUCACUCCGUUCAAGGGAGACUCCGACCCUGAGAGCCAUUUGAGGCACUUUAAGAGUGCCAUGAUCUUGUACAAGGCUGACGACGCCCUGAUGUGCAAAGUGUUCGCGAUGACUCUGCGAGGAGCAGCUCAAGAUUGGUUCCACACUCUACCGUCCGCGUCACUAGGCAACUUCAAGGAGUUCGCCCUCAUUUUCAUAAAGGAGUACACCUCCUACAAGACGGUCAGAAAGCAUGCAGACCACUUGUUCAACCUGCACAAGAAACCAGAUGAGUCUCUUCGACACUACCUCAGACGGUUCAAGGCUGAGAAGGCUAACAUCAUAGGAUGCAAUGACCAAGUGGCAUCCUCAGCUUUUAAGAAAGGCUUGCCAACCGAACACGAGCUAUACCGUGAGCUGGCCAUAACUCCAAGCCAAAUCUUGGCAGAGGUCUUCGCGACGGCAGAGUGCUAUGCACUUUGGGACGAUGACCGUAUUGCGGCGAAGAAGGCCAGCAAGCAAGCUGAUCACCCGACAAGGCAGGCAAGCCAAAAAAGCAACAAGUUCGAGCAUAAAGCCCAAGACAAGUGCAGAUCGCGGCCCCAAGAGGGAGGUUCAGAAACAGGAACAUUUAUUGAGUUCACUAUCCCAAUCCACCAAAUCCUGGCACAAGUGAAGGACAAGUCGUGGGUGAGGAGACCGCCACCCCUGAGGGGAGACCCGUCUAAGAGGGAUGCCAGUAAAUACUGCGCAUUCCAUGGGGAGCAUGGUCAUUAUACAAACAGCUGCAACGCCUGGAAAAGGCACCUUGAGGAGCUGGUCAGAGACGGCCAUUGCACAGAAUUCGUUGCAAAGAAGGCCAUCCAGCAGAUCGAGGAUCGUGAUGCGGCUGCCAAGGAACCUCCCCAAAAGGUCAUAUGGAUCAACACCAUUCUAGCUGACUCCCAGGAGUCCGGGUUGACCACCAAGAAGCGUAAGAGAAAGAUCCCGCAGGCGACUUAUAUCUCCCAAGUCCUAACUGUCGAUCCAGUCAUUGAAGAUUCACCCAUCAUCGGCUUUCAAAAGAAGGACUUGAUCAGGCUUGAUCUACCACAUAAUGAUGCCCUAGUCAUCUGCAUCCAAAUUGAACAAGCUGUGAUCGAGCGAGUUCAUGUGGAUGAGGGAAGCGCAGCCAACAUCCUGCAACUAUCUGUUAUCCAACAGAUGGGAUUGGAGCCCAAGAUCAACAAACUUGCUAGGUCACUCACCGGCUUCAAUGGGGCCACAUCGAUCACUGUGGGAACGAUUGACCUUGACAUCCACUCACCCCCGGUG